UGUAACAUUGCCGUUGAUUGUGUGGACACUGUCCUGUAACAGUAGUAAAUAUAUAUUUGUACGCAUGGCGCACGCGCGUACGGCCGCUGUGGUUUGCAUUUGCGCUCUCGUCGUUAUCGUUGUUAGCGACCCUGCGUUGGCGCCAAAUAAGAAAAUGGAAACGAAAGAACGAAAGACAAUACAAGAAAAACCUAUUAUCAUACGACGAGUGCCAAGUGCCUAUUUUUAUCCAUUCAGUUUGUGGCCUUUACCAAAAUAUUCUGUUGGAGGUGUGAAACUUCUGGAAGCAAAUCCAGACGUAAAACGACUAUAUGACGAUCUUCUAAGCAAUUACAAUCGGCUAAUUCGACCUGUGACUAAUGUGACUGAUAUACUGACCGUAAGACUUGGCCUAAAAUUGUCUCAGUUGAUGGAAGUCAAUCUGAAGAACCAGGUCAUGACUACAAACUUGUGGGUGGAGCAGAAAUGGUUUGAUUAUAAACUACAAUGGAAUCCAGAUGAUUAUGGUGGUGUGGAGAUGCUGUAUGUGCCCUCGGAACAUAUUUGGUUACCAGAUAUUGUUCUUUACAAUAAUUGGGAUGGAAAUUAUGAGGUGACACUUAUGACAAAAGCAACAUUGAAAUACACAGGAGAAGUGAAUUGGAAGCCGCCAGCUAUUUACAAGUCGUCUUGUGAAAUUAAUGUGGAAUACUUCCCAUUUGAUGAACAAACUUGUUUUAUGAAGUUUGGUUCUUGGACGUAUAAUGGAGCUCAGGUGGACCUAAAACACAUGGACCAGUCAGCUGGCAGCAGCCUGGUCCAUGUGGGCAUUGAUCUCAGUGAGUUCUAUCUAUCCGUUGAGUGGGAUAUCUUGGAAGUGCCCGCUACUAGGAACGAGGAGUAUUAUCCUUGCUGCCCGGAGCCUUUCUCUGACAUAACAUUCAAACUAACAAUGCGUCGUAAGACCCUCUUCUAUACUGUGAACUUGAUCAUACCAUGUGUUGGUUUGACAUUCCUCACUGUAUUAGUUUUCUAUCUACCCUCGGAUUCUGGAGAAAAGAUAUCGCUCUGCAUCUCCAUCCUGGUGUCCCUCACAGUGUUCUUCCUCGGUCUGGCCGAGAUCAUCCCGCCAACAUCCCUGGCGAUCCCUUUGCUCGGGAAGUAUCUGCUAUUCACUAUGAUCCUCGUGUCCCUCAGCGUGUGGGUCACUGUGUGCAUUGUUAACGUGCAUUUCAGGUCACCAUCGACGCAUACAAUGUCGCCAUGGAUGAAGAAGGUGUUCCUGCAGUUCAUGCCGAAGCUCCUCAUGAUGAGGCGCACCAAGUACUCGCUGCCAGAUUACGAUGAUACCUUCGUUUCUAACGGAUAUACUAAUGAAUUGGAUAUGAGUAGGGACAGUCUGACGGACGCGUUUUCUACCGGCAAGGGUGAUGAUGGUGACUAUCGCAAGUCUCCAGGACCUGAAGACGAUAUGCUUGGAGCUGGAGCACAUCAACGACCUUCAGUAACGGAAUCGGAAAACAUGCUACCACGGCAUCUCUCUCCCGAAGUAGCUGCCGCGCUACAGAGCGUGCGAUUCAUCGCGCAACAUAUUAAAGACGCGGAUAAGGAUAAUGAAGUGGUCGAAGAUUGGAAAUUCAUGUCAAUGGUCCUGGACAGGUUUUUCCUUUGGUUGUUUACAAUCGCGUGUUUUGUCGGCACUUUUGGUAUUAUAUUCCAGUCGCCAUCUUUGUAUGAUACCCGUGUUCCCGUCGAUCAGGAAUUAUCUUCUAUACCGAUGCGAAAGAAUAACUUCUAUUAUCCUAAGGAUAUUGAAACUAUUGGUAUUGUUUAAAUGGUUAUUUAGAGAUAGAAUAUUGGCCAAAUUAUUAGGGUAAAUUUUCAUGACUUUCGCACAAUAAGUAAUUCUGAAAGCCUAUGUCGGUAUCUAUAUGUAUAUAUAGCCAACCAAGGUUAUUUUUUAUGUAUGGAUAUAAAUCCAUACAAAUUGACUCAACGCUACAAACGGGAAAAUAUAAAGGUAAACGCACAAAUAUUAAUUUUACAUAAAAUUAGUAGGUACUUAUGGCUUAAAUAAAAAAAACUAUGUACCGGCAAACUGUAGGAAUUAAAAAAAAUAUUUAAGAAUUCUAGUAAUUAAAUCUAGUUAGUCAUAAAUAUUUAUAUGUGUGUAGAUUUUCAUGUCGUAUAUAUUUCAUUUUGGAUUUUCACGAAAACAAUCGGUACACUACAUAUGAUAUAGCGGUAAUCAAUCUUUAGGAACUAAGUAUUUAUGAUAAGACGAAAAUUGUUAAUCGAAAAGUUAGUGUUGAUAUAAUAACUAAUGAAAGUAAUUUAAAUCCAUUUAUAUAAUUAUUAUUUUAAGUAAUAAAAGAAUAGCACAUUUUUAGGAAUGCUUAUUUGAAAGUAAAUAUGUAAUAGGAAAGUAUAUAAUAUAAUGGUAUAAAAGAAGGCGAUCCUCGACCUUCAAAUAUUGUAGAAAUUUAGUUAAAAAAAUUAUUUAAGAAUUCUAGUAAUUAAAUCUAGUCAUAAAUAUAUGUGUAGAUUUUCAUUUCGUAUAUAUUUCAUUUUGGAUUUUCAUGAAAACAAUCGGUGCACUACAUAUGAUAUAGCGGUAAUCAACCUUUGGGAACUAAGUAUUUAUUUUAAAACGAAAAUUUGUUAAUAGAAAAGUUAGUGUAAUGAUAUUAUAUAAAAGUACUUAAUUUAAAUAAAUUCACAAAAUCAUUAUUUUAAAUACUGUAGAACGCCGAUUUUCCUUAUUAAUUGGGAUCGGGGUCGAUUCGGAUAAUCGAAAAUUCGGGUAACUGGACAUAAUAGGAAAACGAAGUGUCGCAAAGAGAAUAAACUUUAAUAAGUGCAACAUGUAGAGUCAAGCCUCUCGCUUUCAGCAAAAAAAAGUUGAAAUAUGUUUGGACUCCAGUGAAUUCUAAC